AUGCUCCGGAGGUGGCUGUUAGCUCUGGUGGCCCGUGUUGGGGUCAUAGUGCUGGUGGUGUGCUGCUGCCUAUCUCUCCUCUACCUGCUGGCCUGCAAACCCCCCAGAAGCCACAGCCAUCAACAGGCCCUGGUUUGGGCUGGAGGAGCCACCAGUAAAGAGGGUUACCUGGCGCUACUGCAGGAGAGCGAGGACACACACAGACACUAUAUUAACAGUCUCAGUAAGCAGAUAGCCCAGCUCAAAGAGGCUCUCCAGAUGAGGACCCAGCAGCUGCAGGAGUCUCUGGAAAAGGCCAGGGCCAAAGGGGUUCUACCUAUGGGGCUGGAGGACCUGCGUAGGCCCCAGACACACACCGACCUCCAGGUGAGUGUGUGUGUGUGUGUGUGUGUAUGUAUAUGUGUGUGUAUGUGUCUGUGUGUGUGCGUGAGUGUGUGCGUGUGUGCAUGCGUGUGUGUGUGUGCAUCUUUAUCAAUCAGUAUGCCAACUCUUCCGGCAGGAGUUCUUCAAGGCCCAGUUGAGCCGGGCUGAGGUCCAGUCUAGUGAGAAGUUGCCCAGCGAGUACGCCGUGAUUCCCUUCGAAAGCUUCACCCUGCACAGGUCAGUCAAGUGACCUUUGACCUUAUUUAUUUAAAAGGCCUUAAAAUUAGACCCCUGAGCUUUACACUGUCCACAUUACCUGGCCAUGAAAACCUCUUGACCCUACACAUAACCAUAUUGAGGUACAGUAUAAAUGCAGUGCUACUCAGGAUGGUUGUUUUCCAGGGUGUACCAGCUCGAGAUGGGGCUGACCCGUCACCCAGAGGAGAGGCCUGUGAGGAAGGACCGGAGAGACGAGCUGACAGGCACGCUGGAGACAGCCCUGCAGGUCCUCAACGGACCCCAGAGACACGGGGAGCGCCACCGACGCUCCUAUUCACCAUUGGACUUCAUAGAGGGUGAGCGUGUUGGGCCCAGUCAAGUGUACUUUGCCCUCCUAUUGUCAAAUUGUUUACAAGUAUGAAAUCCUCUCAGAUCUCCAGAGGGUCAUGAAGACAAUUUGCGAUUGGUUAAAUUAUUUGUACUUGCUGAUGUCUGUCUGUCUGUCUGUCUGUCUGUCUGUCUGUCUGUCUGUCUGUCUGUCUGUCUGUCUGUCUGUCUGUCCGUCCGUCUGUCCGUCCCUCUCUCUCUCUCUCUCUCUCUCUCUCUCUCUCUCUCUCUCUCUCUCUCUGUCCGUCCGUCCGUCUGUCUGUGUAUGUCUGUCUGUCCAUCCAUCCGUCCCUAACAGGGCUAACCCGUACAGAGCGUGACAAGGGGACAGUGUAUGAGCUGAUGUUUAAGGGCGAGGGGCCGCAGGACUUCCGACAGUUGGUGUUCUUCAGACCUUUCGGCCCGGUGGUCAGGGUGAAGAAUGAGAGGGUGGACACACGCCACAUGCUCAUCAAUAUCAUAGUCCCACUGUCCAGGAGGGCUGACACAUUCAGACAGUUCAUCAACAACUUCAGGUAGGAACAAAAAGAAACGAUAUGGCCCGCAAUCUCAGGCGGUUUGGGAAGUAAAAAUAACCCUUUAGGUUGUAUGUACAGAGUUUUUUCUCCCAGCACCAACAAUUGUAAUGUCAGGUGUUUAUGACCAUUAGUAAACAUAUUUUUGCUCAUGUUGAGCAGACCUAGGUAUUACCAAACAUAUUUUAUUUUCUGCUGGUGGCAGGACGAUGUAUAACAGCUAGUCUCAGGAAUCCCAGACCUAUGGCAACAGCACUAGUAUGUAUGUAUGCUGGAACAUUGGUAACAUUGUAGGACACAGCCCAUCUGUCUAGGGCAGGGGUGUCAAACUCAUUCCACGGAGGGCCUAGUGUCUGCAGGUUUUAGUUUUUUCCUUUCAAUUAAGACCUAGACAACCAGGUGAGGGGAGUUCCUUACUAAUUAGUGACCUUAAUUCAUCAAUCAAGUACCGGGGUGGAGCGAAAACCAACAGACACUCAGCUCUCUGUGGAAUAAGUUUGACACCUUUGGUCUAGGGAGACUAUAACCGCCAUCUUGCUGUUUCAGAAAGGUGUGCGUCCAGCAGGAAGGGAAGACCCACCUCACUGUGGUCUACUUUGGCAGGGACCAGAUUGACGAGGUUAAAGCCAUCAUGGAUCAGACAUCCAGGUAAUAAACUCUUCUCAGCUUUACAAUGUUUGCAAGUAAUAACAAGUUCAUAACUAUAGCAAGCCUACUCCAUCAAAUAGGGCUCAAAGGUAUGAAAAUAUUCAUCUCAAGUUUCAGCUCCACGGUGUACAGUAAGUACAACAGCAUAUUGCCUUCUAUUGAAUGCAUUGUUCUUCCUCUGGAAUUCCUAAUUGGGGAUGUGUCUGUGCUGCAUUGCGGUCGUUGGUGGAUAGCAGACAGUGUAGAUAUAACUCCAGUGUGAUAUACAGUAACUGUUAAUGUUCUUUAAUCAGCACAUCAUUUCAAGCGUUAGGAACCAGGGGAGUCCUGCAGAGCCUCUCUGUUGCUAGGAGACUGUAAGGAGAGAAAUUAGAAUAAUCUCCUGAUUGUAGCAGAUCCAUACAGAUACAGGAUAACCAACAGGAAGGGAAUGAAAAGAGCAGCAGUUGUUUGACCACAGACAGGGCUUAUUGUAUGUGAAUAUGUGGAAGUGUAUUUAAGUUAAACCACACAUAUUUAGAUUUGAUCACUCCAAAUGUCCAUAUUUUCUUAUGUUCCACUCAAAUGAGGAAACCAUGUUUCUAGCCACAACUGUGUUUGUUUAGAUUUGACCUUAGGGUUGAUGACCUCCAGUUGGCAUGAUGACCGUUUCUCAUUAAAUACUGAUUUAGAUUACCUCAGCAAAACUUUCCCUCCCUCAGGGAGACCCAAUUCCGGAACUUCACGCUGAUCCAACUGAACGAGGAGUUCUCUCGUGGGCGGGGCUUAGAAGUGGGCGCACGGGCCUGGAGACGGAGCCACAACGUGCUGCUCUUCUUCUGCGACGUCGACAUCCACUUCACCCUAGACUUUCUCACUUCCUGUAGACUCAAUGCAGAGCCUGGUGAGGAGCGGGAGGUCCUAACUAUCUAUCAAUAUGUCGGUGUGUCAGUGUGUCUGUCUGCCAAUGGAAGUGGAAGUUCUAAUGGAAGAUGCAUGCCUUUGUUUUUCUGACUUUAGGUAAGAAAGUGUUCUACCCAGUGCUCUUCAGUCAGUACAAUCCAUCGCUUAUCGACAAUAACCAGAGUCCCUUCCCUUCUAUUCAACAACAACUGGUGAGUCCCCCUUGCCGGCACACCUGUGUGUGGAAAUAGGACAAAUAUAUUAUACAUUACAUUGUGUUUUUUUUAUGAUUCUUUUACUUUGUGUCUUUCUGCAACAGGUGAUAAGGAAGGACACUGGAUUCUGGAGAGAUUUUGGGUUUGGCAUGACAUGCCAGUAUAGGUCUGAUUUCAUCAACAUAGGUAAUGAAAUUAUAUGUUUCUUCAUUGAUUGACUGACUGACUGAUUGUUCAUUUGAUUGAUUGAUUGAUUGAUUGAUUUUGUCAAUUUAUAUCUCUGAUCUGCACAGGUGGGUUUGACCGGAACACCAAAGGCUGGGGUUUGGAGGAUGUUCACCUGUACAGAAAGUACCUGCACAGCAAGCUGAUGGUGAUUCGCUCUCCCUCCCGUAGCCUCUUCCACCUGUGGCAUGAGAAGCAGUGUGCGGAUGAGCUGCCGCCAGACAAGUAUAAGAUGUGUAUGCAGACCAAGGCCAUGAGCGAGGCCUCUCACGGCCACCUGGGGGAGCUGUUCUUCACACAGGAGAUCCAGGAGCAUCUGCAGAGGCAGAAACUACUGAAUGACUCAAGUCGCUUGAGGUAGAGGUUGCCCCAUAACCACAGUUCUAAGAUCAGACUACCCUACCCCUUUUCAUAGCCUUAACCAUUAGGAGGUUGAACUAUAUCUGACCCUGGACCUGUGGUCAUGGUUAUGAAAUCAGAACCUCUGGAGAGGAGAGACAUCCUCUGGGUUUUUUUGAGAGAACAAUGUCCUCAUCAUCCUACAGACUCAACUUAGGGACUGGGGAGGGCAUGUAGAGGGAUGAGACAUUAACUUUUUAAUACCAAGAUUGGAACUUGAUUUAAUUGAAAUAUGGAUGUGAUGUUAUGUACUCAUUGUACAUCAUCUUUGCCAUUUUGCUGUCUGACGAUGGCCUAAUGAUCUGAUGAGUCUGUCCUAUGAGUAUUUGGUUGAAAAUACUUUGUAAAGAUGUCUUUCAACUUCUUGUGCUCACUGGGUGAAACCAAGGAGGGCAGAAGAUCCUUACCCCCUUUGUUGUAUUGAGACUGCCAACCUGCUAUGGACUCAACUCAAUGAAAAUAAUAUUUUUGUAUAAAUGAAGAGAAGGAUGUUUUUGUAUAAUACUGUAUUUGAAUAUGUAUUAGAAUAAUACAGGAUCAUAAUUAUUUAAAUGUUUUAGUUAUAUGAAUUGAUAUAUGAAUUCAGAGAAGAGAAACAGACUGUUAGUGGUUAAGCAUUUUCAUAUUAGGCCUACUCUACAUUCCUUCAUUUCAAGCUGUUGACCACAUUUGGGUACCUAAGCACAGUGGGUUCCCAAACAUGAUGCAUUAUGACCCACCUAAUAGAUAAAACCAUGUUUGUAGCCACAACCCAAGCUUUACAAACCAAGAGGAACUGUCCGGGACCUAACCAACCAACGGACUUGGAGCCCAUGUCCUGGAUAGAAGGAUCAAGUAGCCUAAUUAAAAGAAUGCUGAUUGCAUGCACUAUCAUAGCGUUUUAUAUGAUUUGGGAGUAGAUUAG